CUCACCUGGUCUCCUGGGGCUGCGUUUCCUGCUGAUUCUACGAUGAAAAGGAAAAAAAACAGCAUACCCCGCGCAUCUCCUCAACCAAGGUCACUGAUGCUGCUGAACAAGUUUAAUUACAAGAACAUGGAGUCUCACUGAUUAGUUUCAUAUCAUUAAAGAAUGGUUCGCCGGUGGUUCAUUGCAUUGGUCACAAUCGGCCUUCUUCUGUGGACUACCAAUGCCGAGUUCUACUCCUCCACAGACCACAUGACCCAGCUCAUUGACAUUGAGCGAGAUUUCAUUCAGUCCUUCAAGGAUUACAUCGCAGCAGAGGAAUUUCACCUUGCACGAUUGAAGCGUUGUCUUCCGUUCAUUGAAUAUUUUUCUGGAGAUUUCCCCGAAGACCUGGAAAAAUACAUCAGCGAUCCUCUGACCGCCUACGUGUUUGUGCGAAGGCUGAAGCACAAGUGGACGGUCGUGGAGGAGACGGCCAGGCUGAGCCCUAUGCAAGGGUUCCAGAAGUUUUUGUCGGAGAACGGUCCAAACAUUCCCAGCGACGAGGACGUGGACGGCAUUGCGCUGGGCCUGGUGAGGCUGCAGGAAACGUACAUGCUGCACCCCGACAAAAUUCUCGGAGGACUGGGCCAGCAGAGUGUGAAGUCCUUAAGCCCGGACGAAGCCUUCCACAUCGCAAUGGUCGCCCACAGAAACAACAAGUUCCUGUACACCUUCCUGUGGAUGGAGGAGGUCCUGAGGCAGCUGGACGCCGGCAGGGAGGCCACCGUCACCAGGAAGGAGGUCCUCGGCUUCCUCGCCCCCUUCGUCUUUCAGAUGGGGGACCUCCCGAGAGCCAUCAGGCUCACGGAGCAGCUGCUGGAUCUGGAUCCCAGCGAUCCGAUUACCGCGAGCCAUUUAGAGUUCUAUAAACACAUGAAGGAGGGCGUCAGUCGGGAUGAAACUCACGCCGCCGCCGCCGACGCCGAGGCACACCUUUUUACGCCGAGUCUCGCGAGAGACGUGAAGGCGUACGAGGCGCUCUGCAGGGGAGAGAACAUACGAAUGACCCCCAGCAGACAGAGGGCGCUGUUCUGCAGGUACAGCACUGGUGGAAGGAACCCUCGCCUCAUCUACGCCCCAGUCAAAGAGGAGGACGAGUGGGACGCCCCAAAAAUCACCAGAUAUCACAAUUUCCUGUCUGAUGAUGAAAUUGGCACGAUAAAGAAACUUUCUGCACCGAAGCUUGAAAGAGCGCAGGUCCUGGACCACAUAACCGGGAAGAACUACUCCGUUGAAAUUCGCGUUUCUAAAAGUGCGUGGCUUUCUGACGGAGAGGACCCCGUUGUUUCCCGUGUGAAUCGACGGAUAGCAGAUGCCACUGGCUUGGAUAUGAAGAUGGCGGAGAAGCUUCAGGUUGCAAAUUAUGGAAUUGGUGGUCAGUAUGAACCACACUAUGACUCAAAGUUUGCCAACGAUGAAGAGUUCCAGAGACUUGGUGGGAGGAUUGCAACCACCUUAAUCUACAUGACCGAUGUCGAUGUAGGAGGAGCAACGGUGUUCCCUGCCAUUGGAGCUGCUCUGAGACCUGAGAAGGGCUCUGCCGUGUUCUGGUACAAUCUUUUGCUGAGUGGAAAGGAAGAUGACAGAACCCUGCAUGCGGCUUGCCCCGUCAUGGUGGGAAACAAAUGGGUCUCCAACAAGUGGAUCCGUGCACGGGGGCAGGAAUUCAGGAGAAGGUGCGGCUUAUCGGAGUCUGACUAAAAACUGAAAACCCACCCAAUGCAUUUGUUUGGGUUUGGGGUCGGGGCGGGGGGCAGCAUGCUUUUCGGUGACUUAGGACCCCAAACUCAAUCUGUCUUCGAUCGCUGACUGCAAGAACUACUGCAGCGCCUCAGCCAGCCUGUGGGCCCAAGGACGGCCAAUGCAGCAUAAUUAUUGUUUCAUGGGACCAAGUGGAAGAUGUGACCCGUGUCCAUUCGUGUUUGAUGCAUACUGUCUAGAAUUCAAUCUGAUCUCCGCCUCGCAUCGUUGUUUUGAUGGAUGUUCUGUGGAUGAAGAUGAAGUUGUGAAAUGUGUCCAUGAGAUUUCUUUUGAAGCUUUUCUUGUUUUUAUUUAAAAUUCAGUGCACGUUUGUUCCAUUUCCUUUGAAAAAAACCAACCCUGUUCCUCACAAAAUGUGCAAGAUUGUGUUGAUAAAAUUGCAUCAAGCCUAGUGAUUGAUGUGAAGCAGAACAGAAUCGGAAUCUUGUAUCUGUUCAAAAUAAAUUCUAACCAUUGAUCUGGCUGGGGUAGAACUUUGACACCAGAAUCAAAAUAAAUAUCUGGGUCGUAUUUAUUACAAUGGCAUUGACGUUAGCCGUUGUAUAUUAUGGUAAUGAAGUGAUUUCCAUUCAAGAUAAACCUCUUAAGUCUCAACACGCAUUAAUAUAAAUAACAGAUUAAUGCUUUUUGUCUUUAUGAUUUCUGGCCCAUAGCGUGCACAUUGUGUAACACAAUACAGGAAAUUGUGACCUACAUUUGAAUGCUGAAUAAUUUCACCCUUCAGUUGCAGCUGUGAUCGAACUUGUUUUCAAAAGACUUUAAACAAAUGCAGGAGACAAUAUUUUCAAACAUGUGGAAAUAAACUUAUGCAACUGCAAUAAAUGCAUGUAAAACCUUAA